AUGUGACGAAGCCGCAUUUAAAAGAAAAAAAAAGGAAAGAAAGAGCUCUGUGCGAGUGAAUUGUUGACGCAGAAAGUCAGGAACACAUACACAUGCAGGGCGAUGCGAUCCAUUGCACGAACAAAAGCAAAACCCUAGAAAAAAGAAAAGAAAAAUCCCUUUUAGCGAAACCAAACUGGCAUUAUUUAAUGCAAUAAAUCGAGGAAAUUAACCGAAAAGAUAAUCACGAUUCACGAUCAUCGAUCUUCUCAGUCAAAAUUCAAAAACUUCGCAGUUAAGGUUUCUCCUCCUCCCCCUCGGAUCCCCAUUUAUAAGAGAUCGAUUGUUUCCGACCUCGCAAAUGCACAACCAGAUUCAUAAAGACAGAGAGAAAGAAUGGAAGGAGCAAGUGUGGAAUGGGGGAGAUUGCCGGAAGGAUGCAUUGCCGAAAUUCUGUCGCUGACGACUCCGGCGGACGCCUGCAGGCUGUCCCUGGUUUGCUCUGUUUUCCGAUCCGCCGCCGACUCCGACGCCGUUUGGGAACGUUUUCUUCCCGCCGAUUACCUCUCCAUCCUUUCUCGAUCCCAGCCUUGCUCCGCUCCUCCCGCCGGCCCUUUCUCGUCGAAGAAAGAUCUCUACUUUCACCUCUGCGAUUUCCCCAUUCUCAUCGACGAAGGCACCAAGGCAUUUUCAUUGGAGAAAUGUAGCGGGAAGAAAUGUUACAUGAUAGCUUCAAAGAAUCUCUACAUUGUUUGGGGUGACACCCCAAAACAUUGGAGAUGGGUUUCCUUGUCACAAUUAAGCCACAGGUUGUCUUCUCUUCCACACUCAAGGUUUUCUGAGGUUGCUGAGCUUUUAGACGUAUGUUGGCUUGAAAUUCAAGGAAAGGUAGACACUUCCAUGCUAUCUCCAAACACAAACUAUGCUGCUUACUUGGUUUUCAUAUUGACUGAACCAUCCUAUGGCUUUGAUCGUGGCCCUGUUGAAGUGUUUAUUGAAUUUGCUGGUAGAAAAACUAAGGCAAGAUCUGUGUACCUUGAUCCUAGUUUGGCGAUGGGAUCGAGGCGGCAAAAUGUGGUCGAGCAGAGGAGGAGGAGGAGUGGAGCGAGGUCGACGGCUGGAGAAGCGAAGAGGUCAUAUUUGCAGGUGAGGGGAGAUGGGUGGCAGGAGGUUAAGCUGGGUGAGUUCUACUGUGAUGGAGGAGAAGGUGGACAGGUGGAGAUGAGUGUGGUUGAGGUGAAGGAGGGUCAUUGGAAGUCUGGACUUAUCAUCCAAGGAGUUGAGAUUAGGCCAAAAGAGAAAAGGGAAAGUUAAGUGAAUGGGUGAUGACAACUCUUUCAUGUAUGGAUGGAAAUCUUUGAAGAAAAACUUUAAGAAGAGUUUUUUGAUAAAUGAUGUGUAAUCUUGUUGUUUAUUAUGACCGUAUCGAAUGCGAAAAAGAUCAACUAAUCUUGAUAUGUGACUUCACUUAUGAAGAAAAGCUUGUUAUGAUUUUGUAAUUCACACUAAAACCUUUUAUGCAUGACCCUUCAUUUGUUUU